CACGCCCACAUGAAGGAGGCCCUUGGUCGUCAUAGCAACAUGAAGUACAGGAAUCUUGGGAAAUCUGGACUGAGAGUGUCCUGCUUAGGACUGGGAACAUGGGUGACAUUUGGCUCUCAGAUCUCUGAUGAGGUGGCAGAGAGUGUGAUGACGGUUGCGUACGACAGUGGAGUAAACUUGUUCGACACCGCAGAGGUUUAUGCCUCAGGGAGGGCGGAGACGACUCUGGGAAACAUCCUGAAGAAGAAAGGCUGGAGGAGGUCCAGUUAUGUGGUGACCACUAAGAUCUACUGGGGAGGACAGGCGGAGACAGAGCGAGGGUUGUCACGGAAACACGUCAUCGAAGGUCUGCGUGGAUCUCUCUCCAGGUUACAGUUGGACUAUGUUGACAUUGUCUUCGCCAACAGGAGUGAUGUCAACGCACCAAUGGAGGAGGUCGUCAGAGCCAUGACCUUCGUGAUUGAUCAGGGUAUGGCCAUGUACUGGGGAACGUCACGCUGGAACGCUGUGGAGAUCAUGGAGGCCUACUCUAUAGCGCGACAGUUUAACCUGGUUCCUCCGGUGUGUGAACAGGCGGAGUAUCAUUACUUCCAGAGAGACAAGGUGGAGCUGCACCUGCCUGAACUCUACCACAAGAUCGGUGUCGGAGCCAUGACCUGGUCUCCGUUAGCCUGCGGUCUGCUGACGGGGAAGUACAACGAGGGCAUCCCCAAGAGCUCCAGGGCCGCCAUGAAGGGGUAUGCGUGGCUGAAGGAGCGUCUCUGUUCUGAUGAAGGGAAGAAGCAGCUCAGUAAAAUCAAAGAGCUCCACCUGCUGGCCGACAGACUGACCUGCACCCCUGCUCAGCUGGCUAUAGCCUGGUGUCUCCGCAGUGAGGGCGUCAGCUCGGUUCUCCUCGGAGUCUCCAACACAGAACAACUGCUGGAAAACCUUGGUUCUAUCAGGGUUCUGUCUCAGCUGACUCCACCCCUCAUCACAGAGAUGGAUGCGUUGCUCGGCAACAAGCCGCGAAACGCUAAGAGGGAGGUGAGGAGCUGAGGAGGAGGAAACUGAAAACUUUAUUGAAAAUGAUGAUGAGAAGAUGGAGAUAAGGAGACAAGAGACAAAUGAACGGAGGAAGGACGUGUGGGAUGACAACAAUAUUUGUUCUCCCCCUGUUGUCCUCAUCGUCAUGGAGACGGGAAGAUUUCUUCAUCCAGCCAGAGACUUUAGCUCCUGAAAAUAAUCAGAAAUAUUUAUUCUUAUAUUAACGCAGAGUUUCUCAUCAGCUGAGCUCUUCUGAUGCUGUUGUCAUGGCAACAGAACAUGUAGCCGCAUCACAACAAAGUUUGUUUCAACUUUAUCUGUGAAUUGUUCAUAUAUGCAUGAAG